AUGUCUCAUAAAAUUGUGUCUGAAACUCCUGAAGAAUAUAUCAGUAGUGAAAGAGCCUGUAAUACUAAAUCUUCUAAACAAGCUGAAUUUAGAGCAAGAGAAGCUACAAGAAACCGAAACGAGGAGCAAGUAAGUAUAUGUAAUGAAGCAUUUAAUGUUCUAACCCCUUCUUCUUUGAAUCUCUGUAUUAGUACUCCUGAAGCUGUAGUUGAUAUACAAGUUAAGUCACCUGCACUUAAUUCUUCAGUUAUGAUUUCAUCACAACUAUUAAAAGCAUGCAUAUAUCUAUGGUCUUCCUGUGCAAAAAUUGAUCAAAGCAUAACAGGAACAAGUAGUCCUUACAGCUUUCAUAUUCAUAGUAAGAUGUAUCAUCGUAUAGGCACUUUAUUGCCCGAUUACAAUAUUCGCCCUCAAUUCGCUCAAAUUUAUAUUUACGAUACAGAGCAUGAGCUUCAAAACAGAUUAAAUAUAAUGCCAAGGCUUGAUCCUUUAAUUCUUAUUAAUCUUCAUCAAUUAUUACAUAAUAUAAAUCUGUAUAAAGUCACCAUCAUCAUAGUCAGAAAUGGACAAGAAAUUGAACCUAUGAACUAUGAUAUUAUUCUACAACUGCAUAAUGGAGGAUUACAAAGAAUAUCUGAACUUCACCGAGCUUAUGAACUCUUGCAUUAUGUCCUGAUGUUUCCCAGAGGUAAUGAUGGUUGGCAUUCAAGUAUUUCUAUUAAUCAUUCUAUAUCUACUAAUCAAGUUCUGUCAUACAACGAACCUUCUGUAUCGAUUGAGGAUAAUGAUGCAAAUAAUACAAAACAUAUUACUGCAAUAAAUUAUUAUGCAUAUCGAAUUCAUCUUGGCUGA